AGUUUCUUGGCUUUGUUGCCUGCUAAUUGUCGGGAUAACCUGUUCUACAUCAAGUGAUGGGUAUCCUGCACCAGGUUCUGAUGCAGCAUGGCUCUAUACAGGCCCACUUAGGUCUAAAGGAUAUGGUAAUUACAACUCUCCAACAGCUCAAUUGCAAGCGCAGCUGACCGAAGAACAACAUACACAUCUGGAAGCCAUCCUUCAAAAGCAACUGGCCCCCAUGCCCCAGGCACCUCAGAAAAUGUGGUAUCCAAUGCACAUUCCCCAGCAGCAACAGGAAUCCAGCUCAAAUGCCCCAGCAGCAGGAAAAGCAACCGGCCGCCAUGACCCAACAGCAGACGCUACCGGCCAGUUAUCCUAAGCAGCCUCAAGCAAUGUUGUAUCCAGCUCAAAUAACCCAGAAGCAACCAGUUACUGAACUUCAGCAUCAGAAGGAACAGGCCUCCAUACCCCAGCUACCUCAGCAAGUGUGGUAUCCAGUUCAAAUUCCUCAGCAGCAAAAGCAACCAGCUACUGGUCCUCAGCAGCAGACGGAACUGACCACCAUGCCCCAGAAGCAACCGGCUCCAAUGCCUAUACCGCAGAAACAACCAACAGCUAUGCCCCAGAAAGCAUGGUAUCCAGCUCAAAUGCAGCAGAAGCAACCGGCCACCAUGCAGCAGCAAGUGUGGCAUCCAGCUCAAUUGCCCCAGCAGCAAAAGCAACCGGCUACUGAACCUCAGCAGCAGAAGAAACCGGCCUCCAUAACCCAGCAACCUCAGCAAGUGUUGCAUCCAGCUCAAAUGCUGCUGAAGCAACUGACUGCCAUGCCCCAGCAAGUGUGGUAUCCAGCUAAGCCCCAGAAGCAACUGGCCGCUGAUCCUCAGGAGCAGAUUGAACUGACCGCCAUGCCCCAGCAACCUCAGCAAGUGUGGUAUCCAGCUCAAAUGCCCCAGAAGCAACCAACCGCUGAACCUCAGUGGCAUCCAGCCAAAUUUCCCCAGGAGCAACCCGUCCCUAUGCGUCAACUGCAGAAGGAACUGACCGCCAUUCCACCACAACUGUGGCAAUCCGCUCAAAUUCCCCAGCAGCAUAAGCAACCGGCUGCCAAGCUUCAGCAAGUGUGGCAACUGGCCCCCAUUCCCCAGCAGCCUCAUGACUUGUGGUAUCCAGCUAAAAUGGUCCAGAAGCAGCUGCAACUCGGCAGUAGGAACUGACCACCAUGCCUCAAGAGUGACAUCCAGCUCAAUUUCCCCAGCAGCAGAAACAACCAGCCCUAAGGCUUUCACCGCAGAAGGAACUGACCGCCAUACACCAGCAACCUCAGCAAGUGUGGUGUAUCCAGCUAAAAUGCCCCAGAACCAACCAACCACUGAACCCCAGCAGCAGAAGCAACCGACCACCUUGGCCAAGCAAAUGUUGUCUCAAGCUCAAAAGCCCCAGCUGCAGAAGCAACCGGCCGCUGAACCUCAGCAGCAAAUUGAACUGACCGCCAUGCCCCAGCCACCUCAGCAAUUGUGGCAUCCAGAUCAAUUUCUCCAGGAGCAGAAGCAACGAUUCACUAUGCAUCUACCACAGAAGGAACUGACCGCCAAUCCACCACAACUGUGGCAAUCCGCUCAAAUGCCCCAGCAGCAUAAGCAACCGGCUGCCAUGCUUCAGCAAGUGUGGCAUCGGGCACAGAAGCAACCGGCCCCUAUGCCCCAGCAGCCUCACGACGUGUGGUAUCCAGCUAAAACGGUCCAGAAGCAAGUCGCUGCGGUGACCGCCAUGCCGCAUACGCAUCAGCAAGUAUGGCAUCCAGCUGAAUUUCCCCAGCAGCAGAAGCAACCGGCCUCCACGCCUCUACCGCAGGAGCAACCGACCGCCGUACCCCAGCAAGUGUGGUAUCCAGCUCAAAUGUCACGGCAGCAACUGGCCUCCAUGCCUCUACCGCAGAAGCGACUGACCGACGUGCCUCAGCAAGAGUGGCAACCAGCUCAAAUACAGCAGAAGCAACCGGCUGCUGAACCGCAGCAGAACGAACCGGCCACCAUACCCCAGCAAGUGGGGUAUCCAGCUCAAAUGCCCCAGAAGCAACUGGCCCCAAUGUCCAUGCCCCAGCAGAAUCACUACGAAAGCACUGAAGAUGGUGCCUCUAGUAGCACUCAGGCCAGCAUCGUUGAACAGUCGGGUGUCAUCCCAAUCUAUUCCUACAGUUCCAAAUCGCACUACGAGAAUGGCAGGACUGUAUUCUCCUUAACCCGCUACACUCCUAGGGAGGCUAUGCUUGUUCACAUUGGAAAUGCUCCCAAGGACAGUUUUGUUCGUACUGGUGCACCAAGCGCAUAUCCAUCACUAGUGAAAGAUUCUGCAAGGUAAUGGUUCACUUUAACCUGCUCUGAACUUUGCUCUCUGAAUUUGAAGUCCUUUGUACUAACCAUAUCUUUCAACAAGAAAAUGUAAUGGAUUCAUCCUCUAGAAGCUAAUGGUGAGAAUUGUUUUUGACAUUGGUUACUUAACAUUCUGUGUUGCUGACACUGCAUUUCUUUCUGCUUUUGUUUCGACCAGGAAGUGUCUGGUGCUCUUGCUACUCUAGCGUGAGGGAGUACAUGAACAGUUCUACUUUAAAAAAUGCCCUGUCUCUGUGAAAUAAUGGUUCUCGUGUCCAUUGCUUGCUAAUUGAGAACAGGUGGUGUGCAGUCUGUAGUAAAAAUGACUGCUCAGUUAAUUCUUUGGUUUUUCUAGUCUUUUACCUUUGCUACUGGUUGUUCAAAAUAAAAGCUUGGGUCUACAUUU